UCGAAGCUACUGUCCUGCAAAAACAAAGGACAAAUUCAUCCGUCUGGCUCCUCCUGUCAUCAUGAAGGCUUUGUUGUUCAAACUUCUGAUCAUCUGCCUGCUGGGAGCCCUGCAUGCAAAACCAGAAGAGAUGGCCGAAGACGAGCAGGACCUGAGGAAGAGGUAUGCUGAGUCCACCAUCGCCAGCGAAUUCAGCAAAAUCAUGGAUUCAAUGGUGCAGAAAAACUUUAUCAAGUUCCUGCUCAGCCAAAGGCAGAAGAAAACCAAGCCCGCUGAUGCUGGGAAAGAUUUAGAGGAACAUCAGUACAACGACUUGCUGAAGCUCAGCCUGCAGGAGAAGCAGGGGAGAAACAUUUAGGUUGUCAGGAUCCAGCAGGAUGCAGUGGCACUGUGGAGACAUCAUCUCAACUCUUCUUCAUCUUUGACUCUGUGAUGGACAAUCUGUAGGUCUACUAGUGUGAAACUGUGAAUAUUUGUCCUGUGCAGAGGCUCCAUCUGUGUAACGCAGUCUUCACAUAAAUGAAUAAAGUGAUUAUCUAAAAAUCACUGAAUCACUGAAUUUUACUUCUCAGAGUCUUUGAACCUGAAAUGCUGGAGAUACUAUAACUAUAACACCCUGAAAACUGUUGCUCCGUUUUGAAAUAACUGUAGUCCUAAAUCAAUCAACACACUACUAAUAUCAUGCUGUAACUCUUUACACUGCAAAACCUGUCACCUGACACUUGCUCUUUUUUCCACUCUAUUCAAUAAAUUUUUAUUUUUUCUGUUUUAUUAAAUGUCAUUUAUUUUAUUUUCUAUGUUCAUUAAAACAUCAUUCAUUAAAAAUAAAUAUCUGUGUGUGAACCUGAAAUAAAGCUGGUAAUCU